GAGUGAAUAUUACAUUUUGCAGUGAAGGCAUGUAGUGCAGAUAUAUUUUCACUUUGUUCACUCUGUGUGCGUGUGUGUAAAAUGAAGAUAAAAAUAACACAAGUUAUGUCGAUACGUAGCAACUAAUAUUAACCGAAUCAUAAAUUACGUCUAACUACUUGGGCUGGCAACAUUAUGACAACUGUUCAAAGUUUGUUCCGUUAUGUAGAACAUAUAGUUAUCACACAAUGCAUGAAAAUCUGAUUUUGUUUGAAAUUGUAUAUUACUGGCAAUUAAACUUCCCAUUUUUACCAGAACAUAACACACUGUGUAUCGGUUUCACAUUAUAUUGAAAGUAUAAGCAUGCUAUCAGAUAUUUGAGUUUUAUCACGAUAGAGUUGCAAUAAUAACCUCGAGUGCUACUAAAGAGCAAGUUUGAUGAUUUGCUUUUUAUUUCCUUAUCAUGACACACUAUUGUAGUCUUUGAGUGACCAGUAUUAUUGACACCAACUAAAUUGAUUGCUUGUUACCAGGAAAGUGCACACUCAGUCCAGUAGGUAUUCAAAUUUUUGCGGAGAUACGUAAGAAUAAUAUCUAUCCCCCCUUCUCCAAGGUGAAAGUGUGUGUUUGUCAUGAUAUGUGUACUGUGUGAUACUGUAAUGUACUUCUGAUUAACUAUGCACAUUAUCUUAUGUAAUCGUGUCAUGUAUGCUCAGUAAUACGUAUAAAAUAUACAUUUUGUCGGUUAACAGAGAUAACGACUGGUUAUAAUGAAACAGAAAGAAGAUACAGGAAUUUUAAAUAGAGGAAUGAGAGCACACGAUAAUAAUAAAAGAUUGAAAAAUUGGUGAAAUUUUAAUUCAGUUCAGAAAAUUAUAUUCAUUGAAAACACUACUAAGUUUCCGUGAUAACUUAUCAGAUAUUUAAUCACAGAAAUAGACUAAACAUUUUUUUUCAAACAGAAGUAAGAUACUUUUUUCAUUCACUCAUCGUACAAUUGUCGCAAAUUAGAAGAAUUAAGAAAUAGGCUUUUUAUUUGCGUUUUAUUUCUUCAGUUUGUAAUUUUUGUUCUCUUAUAACAAUUUCUCGAUUCUUUUAUUACAGUGGUCAAAGAAAGCUCAUUCCUCAGCUAAUUCAUUCAGCUUGUCAGCUGCAUGACCGAUAUCACAUUCCUCAUUGCAUUGGAUUUUUAGCGAAAAGUAAUAAUAAUCACAGAGUACAAAAUAAAAUGGCGACUGAAAACGUAUAGAUGAGAAUUUUAUGCUGAAUCUCAGACUCAAAAGAGUGAGCGAAGUCUCACUUUCAAAUUCCCAUGUUUCACGCUUUGUUGCUUGAUACGUAUUACCUUUCUAUGUAGGCGAUAACGUAUGCGAUCAACGUGUAACUUACUUAUCGAAAGCUCAAGCUAAAGAGUAUAAUGAGUAAUCAUACAAGGGUUUGCAAUGAAAAUUGCCCUGAAAGAAAUGCCGACGACAAGCCCAGAUUUCUGUCCUGCCUUAAGGCAUACUGGCCUGAACUGUCAGAAGGGUGCAGCAACGAUGAUGCUUAUAUGGGUAGCAGUGACGUGGAAGGGGAGGGGAAGCAAGUCUUGGUCGGGGUGUGCGCGAUGGCGAAGAAAUCGCAGAGUAAACCGAUGAAAGAGAUUUUAACGAGGCUCGAGGAAUUCGAGUACAUCAAAAUUAUUGUGUUUCCGGAAGAUGUGAUACUAAAGGAACCGGUGGAGGAUUGGCCUAUAGUCGACUGCUUGAUAAGUUUCCACAGCAAAGGCUUCCCACUCGAUAAGGCUAUAAACUAUGCGAACUUGCGCAAUCCCUUCAUCAUUAACAACCUUCCGAUGCAAUAUGACAUCCAGGAUCGAAGGAGAGUCUAUGCCAUAUUGGAGACCGAGGAUAUCGAGAUUCCACGGUACGCCGUUCUCGACAGGGACUCACCGGAUCCAAAACAAUCUUUUUCAGAUCAUGAAUUGGUGGAGUCGGAGGAUCACGUGGAGGUGAACGGUAUUACUUUUAACAAGCCGUUUGUGGAGAAACCGGUGUCCGCUGAGGAUCAUAAUAUUUACAUUUAUUAUCCCACCUCUGCGGGUGGAGGCAGUCAGAGAUUAUUUAGAAAGAUAGGUAGUCGUAGUAGUGUAUAUUCUCCGGAGUCUCGUGUUCGAAAGACUGGUUCGUAUAUCUAUGAAGAUUUUAUGCCUACCGAUGGUACUGACGUUAAAGUUUAUACCGUGGGACCUGAUUAUGCUCAUGCCGAGGCGAGAAAAAGUCCGGCUCUCGAUGGCAAGGUCGAGAGAGACUCGGAGGGCAAGGAAAUUCGUUAUCCAGUGAUAUUGAGCAACGCUGAGAAACUUAUCAGCAGAAAAGUAUGUUUGGCCUUCAAGCAAACGGUAUGCGGUUUCGAUUUGCUGAGAGCAAACGGACAGUCGUUCGUGUGCGAUGUAAAUGGAUUUAGUUUUGUAAAGAAUUCGAAUAAAUAUUACGAUGACUGUGCCAAGAUCCUGGGCAAUAUGAUACUGCGGGAAUUGGCCCCGACACUGCAUAUUCCAUGGAGCGUGCCCUUCCAAUUGGAUGAUCCGCCCAUCGUGCCAACUACAUUCGGCAAAAUGAUGGAAUUGCGCUGCGUCGUGGCGGUUAUUAGACACGGCGACAGAACUCCCAAGCAGAAGAUGAAGGUAGAAGUGCGUCAUCCGAAAUUCUUCGAGAUAUUCGCCAAGUACGAUGGCUAUAAACACGGUCACGUGAAGUUGAAGCGGCCCAAGCAGCUGCAGGAGAUCCUCGACACAGCGCGUAGUCUGCUGUCAGAAAUACAGCAUCGUGCUGCGGGGCCCGAGCUGGAGGAGAAGCAAGGGAAACUGGAGCAACUCAAGAGUGUGUUGGAAAUGUACGGACAUUUCUCCGGCAUAAAUCGCAAGGUCCAGAUGAAGUAUCAACCUCGGGGACGACCGCGGGGAAGUUCUUCCGACGACGGUAACGAUCUCAAUCGAUUGGGUGAGCCGUCUCUCGUCCUGAUAUUGAAGUGGGGCGGUGAAUUGACGCCGGCUGGACGCAUACAAGCGGAAGAGUUGGGACGCAUAUUCCGUUGCAUGUAUCCCGGUGGUCAAGGUAGACACCUUAGUGAGGAAGAAUCAGAGAUGUUACCAAACCACGGUGAAUACGCAGGUGCGCAAGGACUCGGCCUGUUACGCUUGCAUUCCACAUUUCGCCAUGACUUAAAGAUAUACGCCAGCGACGAGGGACGCGUCCAAAUGACCGCGGCGGCAUUCGCGAAAGGAUUGCUCGCGUUGGAAGGAGAACUGACGCCCAUCCUCGUGCAGAUGGUGAAGAGCGCGAACACCAACGGCCUGCUCGACAACGACUGCGACAGCAGCAAGUAUCAAAAUAUGGUAAAGACGCGUUUGCACGAGCUGCUGCAGCAGGACAGGGAGUUCACUCGCGAAGAUCGCGAGCAGAUCAAUCCGGGGAACGCGUUGAGCAUUAACGCUGCUUUGGACUUCGUCAAGAAUCCAGUCCGGUGUUGUCAGCAUGUUCACACCUUGAUUCAGAAGCUCUUGGACAUCGUGCGCAUCAAGAAAGAGGACCCGAAGACGAAGGACGCGAUACUCUAUCAUGGUGAAACCUGGGAGUUAAUGGGACGUCGUUGGGGGAAGAUCGAGAAGGAUUUCUGCACGAAGCAGAAACGCUUCGAUAUAUCCAAGAUCCCCGACAUCUACGACUGCAUAAAGUACGAUCUGCAGCACAACAAUCACACGUUGCAGUUUGAGCACGCGGAGGAAUUGUACACGUACGCCAAGUCUUUGGCGGACAUAGUGAUCCCUCAGGAAUACGGUUUGACGGUGCAAGAGAAGCUGACCAUCGGCCAAGGAAUAUGCACACCUUUGUUGAAGAAGAUACGGGCCGAUCUGCAACGAAAUAUCGAAGAGUCCGGAGAGGAGACGGUCAAUAGACUGAAUCCCAGAUAUUCCCAUGGCGUUUCGAGCCCCGGACGCCAUGUUCGCACGAGGUUGUAUUUUACGAGCGAGAGUCACGUACAUUCCUUACUCACCGUGCUGCGUUACGGUGGUUUGCUCGAUGUGGUGAAAGACGAGCAAUGGCGACGCGCGAUGGAAUACGUCAGUAUGGUCUCGGAGCUGAACUACAUGUCGCAGAUCGUCGUGAUGCUGUACGAAGACCCGACCAAGGACCCGAGCAGCGAGGAGCGUUUCCACGUCGAGUUACACUUCAGUCCUGGCGUUAACUGCUGCGUACAGAAAAAUCUGCCACCCGGACCCGGUUUCAGGCCACAUUCGCGCAACGAGAGCAGUCACAACAUGGGCGAGAGCGGUGGUUCCGGCCAGGACACCACGUCGCAAUGCAGCACCCGGAUAGAGGAGGAAGACGCGGAAUUGGGAAUUAUGGAGGACGAUCUGAUGAAUCCCGUGGUGCAGACCGACACGCCUCCGUCGCUAAUGGAAACCGACGCGGUGGAUUCCAUGCUAGACAGUCCGACAACCAGUCGUGGAAUCGAUAUGAUGGACUUGGAUCCGAACAUGAUGGACGAGCCGUACGAUAGCGGCUUCUUACAGAGCUCGGCUCCGAUCCCCAUCAGCGCUAGAACGGUGGCCGGACACGAGGCAGCCAGACUCGGCAGUCAGUUGGCGGCGAGUCAGCGGCAACGGCGAAGCAGGGAAGCCGGGACCAUCGUCGAACCGCGCGCCCGCAGCUACGACCAUCAACGGCAAGAGAAGUCGGAGAAAGCCGCGGAGCCGAGCGAGGCGUAUCUGAGGAAACCGGCGACCCUGUCGCAGUCGCACAGCUCGCCGGAGCUGCCGGUUUCGCCGGGCGCAGGCUCCGCGAGCUCCUCCUCGGGUUCGCCACCGCCCACGAUCACGCUUCACAGCGCGCCGACCUCGGUCUCGGCCGGGGUCGACGACGGACAGCUACUCGCCACUGCCACCCCCUGCUCGUUGCUCGUCCCGUCGAUCGCGAUCGGCGGUGUCCUGCUGCAGGAGCAGCAGCAGCCUACUGUCGAGUUUUACCGGUCGUCGUACUGCGGCAGGAAGUACGGACGGUCGCGCUCCGAAGCGAUUCUGCUCUCGUCCGUCGAGACCUGCGACACGCGACCUUUGUUCAUUCAACCUGAUCCUACCUGCACAGCAAGGCGCCACCGUCACAGUAUCUCCGGACAGAUGAGUUAUUUCAAGCUGUUGGGCUACAAUGUCAGCAAGAAACUCACCGGCUCGGCGAACAGCCUCUUCAGCACCGCUGUGAUAAGCGGCUCCUCGAGCGCGCCGAAUCUCAAGGACAUGGUGCCGCCGCACGCGUCCGCGGUCGCUGCGAUAGAAGGCUUCGGCGGAGUACCACCCAUCAGACCACUGGAGACCCUUCACAACGCCUUGUCGCUACGUCAGCUGGACUCCUUCUUGGACAUGAUGACCAGCGUGCCGCUGUUCCGCACUCCGGCCUCGUCGCCGCCCAAACACCCGUCGCCGGCCAGCUCGACGCACGAGUCACUGAAUCCAACCCUCGGCCAUCCCGGGAUCAGUCGCGAGUAUCACUCUUCCGACACGGAAGCCGUCAGGUACAUCACGCCGACCCCGAUACAGUACAAGCCCCUGGGCGAAGCGGAGACGUGCGACAGAGGGAAUCUACCGUCGCCCACCAGUCCGAACAGUACGGGAUGGAGCAGCGAGCCACAGUCCUUCUUGUCUUCGGAGCCGUCGUCGCCGGCGCCAACCUCGACCGGCGAGUGCAGUAUGUCCAUAAGUUUGAUAAGCAACGACGGUGCUCAGCUUUUCAGCAACGCGCCCAAGUUCUCGACGACUCCUUGUCUGGACGUCGAUUUUAACGAAUUCUGCAUGAGACUCGACCAAGAGAAUCGAGAAAGUCGCGGCAGCGUCUCAUAUACGGAUUAUUACAGCAACGAGGACGGUCAGAUACGCAAAAUAACGCAGAUACCGCAGACCAUGCAGCAAGUGGCAGCAGCGGCCGGCGGGCAGCCGAAUACCGCCGGCGAUGAUCUGCCCGCUGACAACGUUGACGAGGACGAGGAUCACACGUUGACGUUGAGACAGAGCGAGGAGCAAAAGAAACAGGACGUUAAGCUGAUAUUCGAGCAGCGGGACAACGUGAAUCCCGCGAAAGUGAGCGGCGGCUGCAAAAAAAUCGGACGCUUCCGGGUGGAGAGCACGGACAUAACUCAGGGCGACGUCAGGAUUAAAGAGACCGACAACGCCGGCGCGGCGGACAAAGCGAAACCGUCCACGCCUCAGAGGUCCGACUCGCCGAAGUCCACGGACAAGAUGACGCGGAAGGACUCGAAGAAGAGCGGCGGCAGCAGCCAGCACUCGUCGCAGAAGCGCAGGAACUUCUCCCGCUCGCAGAGCGUCACGGCGCCGAAGCCGACUACGGCGAAGCCCACUGAGCCGAGUUUCAGCUACAAGAGCAUGAGCUCGAAGCAGGGCUCGCUCUCGACCAUGUCGGUCGCGGAUCUGGAGGACUGGAAGCUGAGCGUGCUGAAUCCGACGACGUCACCGCAAUCCGCGACGGCGAGCCGAGAGGACGAGCCGAUUCUCACCGUGGCCGUCGGCGACAGCUCGAACGUGACCGUCGGCUUCGACGUUCAACGGGAGCAAAGGGAGUAGAGAGGGAGGGAGGGCAGACGCGAAUGGAUUCUUCCAAAUUCCGGCCAACGACGCGCGAAAGAGAAAUCCCCGUCAUCUGUAUUUUCGCCGAAACGGAGCCGAGCACCACCGCGUCAAACAGGAAACAGAUAACGUUCUGUAGAUCUUAAAGAUGAUAAUUCGUCACCCUUCCUGUCGAUUAAACCGUGCGAGGCGAUGUAUUAAGCAGAAAGUAUUAGGACGCGAUGUUGUCACUUCGUUGUUCCACCAGUAGUAGUCCGCGUUGAUAGAAGCUGAUCGAUACACGCGAGCAGGACCAUUCGUCUAGCGGAACUCGAAGCAGCGGUACUUAACCCGCGUCUCCUCUUCUUCUAGAACAUAAUUUAGUGAGAUAUUUUGGAUCAAAUGCGACGCUCGUUUUAACACCUCUCGAGGAAUAGCGAAUUAACUGAUUCCCCCUCCCUAGUAAGUUAUUUCACGAUUUAUAAGAAUAUAUAUAUAUAUAUAUUUUUUAUUGACACAGACAAGAGUAAUCGUCAUGUUAGGUGAUCUUUUACAGAAAGAGAAGAAAAUUGAGAAAAAUGUGGCCGGCCGUUGAAUCGAGAGCUUAUGAUUUCCGGGUACUUUAUUCCCCUGACGACGACGACGGCGGCCGUUGCGCAGGCAUACCACCUCUCGGAAAAAACUUAUUCUAAACGAAAUUGAAAGUCAGGAAUUUUUCGAUCAACGAACAAACGCUGAUUACACAGUAGCGAUCGCGACCGUAUGCGAUUUCUAGCGCAUAGUGAGGAUUCUUUAGGCGAAUAAACGGUCGCAGGCAGCAGUACUCCCGACAGUAGGAUCCGUAGAUUCCGUUCUGACACGUUGUAACUGUGUGCAUAUCCGUCUUCUAGAGAAAUCACUGCGGAUGUACAAAGGCUUAUCUACCAGUGUAGAUAAAUACUAUGUGAUAGGUGUAUUUCAAUUGAGGAUACUUAGGGAAACGCGCAAAGAACGAGAUAGAGAGAGAGAGAGAGAGAGAGAGAGAGAGAGAGAGGAAGUGGCAUGCGAUUAAGAAUGUUGAGAGAUUUAUUCUCAGGAGGAAUUGUAUAAAUGUAUACUUCUCUACGCUGUAUUAUGUUCUUCUGUACUAUAGGCUCUGUUGUAAAUCGACGGUUAGUUCCUUCAAAUUACCAAAGGCGGGAAACUUAACACUUGCGCAUCGUCUAACGCGUAUCGCAGAACAACGAAGAUAUAUUAGAUCAUCGUUAGAAAUUCUAUGUUCUCAGGUGUCGGAUGAUACAGGCGUUCCCGUUGGUAACGUUUCGUUCUUGUACAGCAGCGAUCGCUGGAAUCGGUAGGACUUGAUCCGAGCCAAAGAAAACAGGUCGGUGCGUUUGACGUUGCGCGUGGAAACGGUCUGUUGUUACACGCGCAGCUUCACGGGAGGAGGAUGUUUCAUAGAGAUAUUAUCUGUGGACGGGUGAUCGUACUUGCAAAGUAGCGAACAUCGUGCUACGUGUGUGUACAUUUAGUAUGUAUAUCAUGCGCGAAGGAGGAAACGUUUUAAUAAAAUGAUAUAGACAUAGAA